AUGCGUUCCUUCGCCGCCGUUCUCUUGGCUGUGAUCAGCCUGAGCGCUUCAUGCCACUGCAAAAUUUACACGAGGUGCGCGCUUGCCAGGGAGCUGAAAUGCGUCUACGGCUUUGCGCAGAGCAGCCUCGCUGACUGGGUGUGUCUGGUACAGCACGAGAGCUCCUUCAAUACCGCGGCUGUUGGAAGAAACGGGGGUAGUCGUCCAAGUAAAGACUAUGGCUUGUUCCAGAUCAACGACUAUUAUUGGUGUAAUUCGGGCACAGGCAAGAACGUCUGCAACAUCGAUUGUUAUAAACUGAAGGACAACAAUAUUGCGGACGACAUCAAGUGCGCCAAGACGAUUUUUGGGCGCGGCCACGGCUUCAACGCCUGGUACGGCUGGAAGAACAAAUGUAAAGGCAAGAACUUGUCCUCCUACAUCCGUGGCUGCAAGCUUAACUGCUGAGUGCCGCCGUCCCGUGA